AUGGACUCGGGUGAAUUUUGACAAAGACAUACUACUGUUACUGUAUAUAUUUUCAACGUGUCUUGUUAAAGUCCAUCUACAACUCAAACAGUUUCACCAGAAGAAGACCAAAAUACACACGAUCUUCCAGUUCAUCUCUCUCUUCGGUUGAUUGCCUUAACCCCGCUUUUACAGACGCAUCAGGUUUUAUCUGAUAAUUAUGGAUAACAACAGGGGGCAAAAUGGAAUUCAAUUACUGUUAGCAGCAGAGCAGGAAGCUCAACACAUAGUCAAUGCGGCUAGAUCUGCAAAACAGGCUAGACUAAAGCAGGCCAAAGAUGAGGCUGAGAAGGAAAUUGCUGAAUUUCGUGCUCAAAUGGAAGCUGAGUUUCAGCGAAAGGUUGCUGAGACUAGUGGAGAUUCAGGUGCUAAUGUGAAACGACUUGAACAAGAAACUGAGGCAAAGAUCGGCCACCUUAAAAGUGAGUCUGAAAGAAUUUCCCAGGAUGUCAUUCAAAUGCUUCUGAGGCAUGUAACCACUGUAAAGGUAUAAGAAUUUGGAGGAUGAGUGGUGUUUCAACAAUUGAGCAAUUUCCUUCUUCUUUGGAUGAUCAUGCCAGGGAAGGGCACCCUUGGCAUCGAAUUGUAUGUUAGUAAUUUAUCAUUUGUAUUUGUUCAUUGUGGCAUUUCUAAUAAAAAAAAAUGACUCUCUUUUUGUAUCAGUAAGUGUUACUUUUACGGAUACUUGAAAUGAUAGACACGUAUACUCUUGAUGUAUUUGUAUCAAUAAAUCCUUUGAAUUUUAUUUUUUAUUUUUUUAAUCACCC